GUAGAAUGAGAGAGAGAUAAAUGAGAUGUGAAAGGCAGGGAGGUUAACCCACAGAUAUGAAAUCAUGUAAAAAAAUCACUGUGCUCACUUUGUGCUUGCAUCAUCAUGUAGAGCGACGCCAAGCGUAUCGAAGCAAUGCGGGUGUCGGCCGACUACUCCCCUUGCUUCCACAUUUUGCUGCCACCGCUAGCCGACAACAGCCAAGAAGGAGACGAUGCACCAAAUGUCACACCAGUUGUGACUGAGGGACAGGAUGAGACCAUUCUGGUACGUCUGCAUGUGCAGCAGUUGGCCGCACAGUUCCUGCAGCAGGAGCUGGAGGCCAUGGAAGCACGUCUCAGGCUCUACCAGGAGGAGCAGGCGCAGGCCCUGGAGCGGCUGCGGCAUCGCACAGCACGAGAUCGGGAUGCCCUCUGGCAGAUGCUCUUCAGCAGCAGCACUGGUGGCCGUCGUAGGCAGCAGGUGCCCUCUAGGGACCGGUCUUUGGUGUCCCCUGUGAAGCAACGAACAGCAGCACCGCACGUGGCUGAUGUGAAGCGUAAAUUGGCUACCACCAGGGGGCAGCGCGAAGGAGGUACGUUGUUGUCUAUUUCAUUGUUUCAGUGA